AUGGCCCCUCCUAAGGUCUUCUCGCUCGAUGGCAAAAGCCUGAAGCUCGACACUGCAGAAGACAUUGAGGCACACAUCAAGCCUCUUGUUGAGAGCACCGAUUACACCGAGAUUCGCCUGGGCGGUAACACCCUCGGCGUGGGUGCUUGCGAGCGUCUCGCCGCUGUCAUCGCCACUCAGAAGAGCCUCGAACACGCCGAUCUUGCCGAUAUCUUCACCUCGCGACUUUUGUCUGAGAUUCCCCCCGGCUUUGAAAUCCCUUCUCGACGCCCUCCUUGA